AGCAACGAAUCCCUCUCGACAAAACACCCACCUAAAGGGAGAACAGUGCACACCGCUAUCUAAAAACUGGUCUUCUUCCGUGUUUUUGUUUUUUUACUUCUUUCCUUCUUCUUUGCCUUCACCCGCCGCGAUGUCUGGCUUCACGAUUCGCCGCUUUGUGCUGCAGAACAUCACCGCCGUGGCGGCGCACUGCCCCUCCGUCACCGUCGCCUCCACCGCCGUCGCCGUCAUGACGGGCGUUGCUGCUCCGCCCACUGCACCCGCCUCCUCACCGGCGUCUUCCAGCUCCGGUGCCUCGAGUGUCGUCUCGAGCUGGGUGCGGAACAUGUUGACGGGUGCCCCUGAUGCCUCCUCUUUGUCAUCGACGAAGACAGGUUUCGGGCUGGUGACGGCGGAGGAAAUGGAAUGGAUUCGCCGCCGCCGGCGCGAGGGCGCGGAGGAGAGCCGUGUUGUGCUGGCGACCCGGCCCGGUCGCUCAGUGCUACGCGGAGUGGCCGGCGGUGCCUUGAACUCCUGCCUCGGCUUCAUUGUCUCGCCGCUGGUGUUUUUGGCAGUGGCGCUGGAGCUCGUUCGCCUCGGCAACGGCGUCAGCUCACUCCUCACCGGGCCCUGCUACGGCUUUGUGUGGGGCGGCAUUUUCUUUGCCUGUGCGCAGUACGCCGCGGCGCAGCAGGUGCUGAUGUGCGGCUACUACAGCUGUGUGGCGACGCCACUCUACUACUGUGUAAACCGCCGACCGCUGGUGAGGGCAGACGCGACACCGAUGAUGCCGGCGCCGCGAGCGCGGGCGUGGAUCUUCGGGGCGCUCAGCUGCCGCUUUGAGGUUCCACAAGGCACGCUGCAUGCCCACCAUCCGAUGCUGCUGCUGUACGACGCACCGUCCGUGUUGCGCGAGCGCGCGAUGAAGCGGCUGGCCCACCGCGACAAGAGCAAGAGCAAAAAGGAGGCGCAGUACGCUGGAAAAGGUAAAGCGAAUGGCGCCGGCCCGGACGACGAUGACUACUACGGACUGCUAGGACUGUCACCGGAUGCGACGCCACGGCAGGUGAAGGAGGCCUACAGUCAGAAGGCCUUGCAUUUGCACCCCGACCGCAACCCCAACCCCGAUGCGGCGCGGCAGUUCGACCGCGUUACAAAGGCGUAUCGAGUGCUGUCGAACCCGCAGAAGCGCAGGAAGUUCGAUCUGGCUGGCACAAAAGGUGUGGAGGACACAGGAGUGAAGAAGCGCGAGGGCGUGCGGGCGCUCUUCGGUGGCGCGGAGCUGAACAAGCUGGCCGGCGACGCCUUCCUCGGCAGCUUCUCCCAACGCGUGAUUGACGGGCUGGACUUCACGGCCGAGGAGCUCGCCGUGAUUCGUCAGCACAUGUACGAAAGCUGCCGCGAUGAGCUGCUCGGUACGUACCUGGCCCACUACGAUGCCUCCGCAGCUGCGACGACGGACGUGAUGGGAGGAUCGGUGAAGCGAGCAGCAACAGUAGCAGCGACAAAGAGUGGCCCGUGGAAGGGGGACGCCGUUGCACUGCAGCUGCGCAAGAUGCUCAACACGGGACUCGCGAAAGAGGUGCUGUACACCAUCGGCCACGAAUACCAACGAGUGAUCGCGUGCUUCGACAUGGAGGACAGCGGCAGCGCCUCCCUGCCGUCUCUUGCCAUGCAGCGCGCCAAGUUCUACGCAAGCGUAUCCGGCCCGCACCGCUGGCACCUGCAACGCCGAAAGGUAAAGUACCUGACGACGGUGCGCAGUCACACCUUCAAGAACUCCGAGGCGAUGGUGGAUCUCGCGUGGUUCACCUCCGUGCAGGAGCUGGAGACGACGGCGCGCCACGUGGCGCUGAUGAUCCUGUACGAGCCCUCGUUGUCGGCAACGGAGGCCACGACGCGGCGCAAUGCGCUUGCGGCGCUUGCGGAGUCGUUUAUUAUGUACGGGCAGCCCUACAAGGGUGCAAGUAAGGCCACGAUGGACCAGCUGAUGAGCUCGCUGCGGGAGUACCAGCAACAGCGUCAGCGCGAGAAGGACUCGGAAUAA